CUAUCGUUCAAGUCUGUAUGAUUUCUUAUGUACGUUAACCAUAUAUACCACGAUACAAGUGUAAUUAAAUUCAUUUCAAUUAGUUUCUUUAUAGCGCGUUAAACAUGUCGGCUAAGAGAUCUGCGACUACAGAAUUAAAUCGUGAUAAUUGGAACGAAGAACAUGAACCUGAAGAAGCAGGAACAUUUACAAAAGCACCCGAUGAUAUACUCGAGAAAAGAGUUGUUAAAAGGGCUAAACGUCGUUUACAAGCCACAGAAGAUAACACCAAAAGUACGUUCGGUACAUUUUCAGGUUUUAAAGCAACAUCUACGUCGCACAAUUCACCGUUUAGUUUUUUAGCUAACAGUAAUACUUCCGACGCAUCUUUAGAAAUGCAUGCACCCAUCGACAAAUCUCCUGCAAGUAACGGAGCAUCGAAAGGUAACGAAAAUGGCACAAAUAAGAAAGAAAAUUCUGAAACGCAAACAUCAUCCAGCACAAUUACAAGUAAAAAAAGUUCUUACGACCAAGAAGAUCAAAAUAUAUUUAAAAAAUCUUCUGAUUAUUUUGCCAAGUUAAAAGGAUUGAACGAAAGUGUAGCACAAUGGAUUAAAACUCAUGUAGAUGCAAAUCCAUUUUGUAUUUUAACACCUAUUUUUAAAGAUUAUGAAAGAUACCUUAAGGAAAUUGAAUCCAAACAUGGAAAUGGAACUGAAAAGACAAUGCAUACGUCAGAGCCUGGACAACCUGUACAUACUAGCGAUAGUAAGGAAAGUGCAAACACAGAAAAGAAACUUGUCAAUUCUCCAUUUGGAGGAACAAAUACAAAGUCUCCGCCGCUUUCAACAGAUUCAAAGUCAGAAAAAUCAAUCUUUGAUCUAUAUUCAUAUAAAUCUAUAUUUGGUAAAUCGGAGCACACUGUAGACAAUAGUAAAUCGAUUUUUAGUCAUUCGGAACAACCUACGGAUCCACAUAAAUCUGUUUUCGGUAACAGAGAACAAAAAGCUAGUACUAAAAAUAUAUUUGGUAAUGUUAGCUCUGAAAAAAACCCAUUCCUGAGUAAAUUAUCUACUGUCUCGGAUAAUAAAUCAGAAGAUCAAGAGUCAAAAUCAGAUACAAAAUCUACCGGUAGUUCUUUCGGUACAGCCGCUACUUUUUGCUUUGGUCAGAGUUCUACUACCGGUAACACACCAACUGGUUUUAGUUUUGGAAGUGCUAAACCAUUUACGUUUGGGGCUCAAGUUGUAAAACCACAAGAGUCUGAAGAUAAGUCAGAGAAUGAAGGAAAAGAUGAGAAAGAUGAAGAACCACCAAAAGCAGAUUUUAAGCCAGUAACAGAGGAAGGUGCUAUAUACGAACAAAGGUGUAUAAUUUUUAUGAAGAAAGAUGGUAGUUUUACUAGUAGAGGUGUUGGAGUACUGUUUUUGAAACCAACGCCAAAUGACAAAAUGCAAUUAAUAGUACGUGCAGAGACUUCCCUGGGAAAUUUAUUGCUCAAUACUUUGUUAACUAAAAAUAUUCCAACAAGACGUAUAAAUAAGAACACAAUAAUGGUGGUUUGUUUACCAAAACCUGAAUCUUUACCACCGCCAGUAUCAGUCUUGUUAAGAGUAAAAACAGAUGAAGACGCGGAUGCAUUGAUCGAUGCACUCAAUAAACAUAAAAAAUGAGGAGAAUAAUAGGUAAUAUUUGAAUUUGCAAAAAAUAAGCGUGUUGGCUUUACAACGCAAUUAAAUAGGACAUAUGUGA